AUGGGCCAAGUCCUACCCACACAUCGACUAGCACAUUCGCCCCAUGGCGGGUUGGCGCAGCCAGCCGUGACCCAGGCUAUCCGGUUGUUGUCGAAGGGGCCGUUCCCUCCAGAUCCACAUCUCCCGCCUCCUGAAAGACAGCACUGGAGCCUAGAGAACAUCUGCGUCGAUCCAUUCUCGGAUCUCCCUACGGCGUACACCACUACUGGAAUGGACUCACAUCUGGCACCGUCUGCCUACGCCUGCAACUCAUACUCCUGGGUCCACAUCUUUCCCGAGGGGAAAAUACACCAGGCUCCGAACAAAACGAUGCGUUAUUUCAAGUGGGGCGUCGCUCGAUUGAUAUUGGAAGCAAACGAGUGUCCUGACGUUGUCCCAAUCUGGCUGGAGGGAUUUGACCAGGUCAUGCACGAAAGCCGUGGCUUUCCUCGAUUUCUGCCCCGAGUAGGGAAGAACAUUAGCAUCACAUUUGGAAAGAAGGUAGAUUCCGAGGCUGUCUUUGGCGACAUGAGAAGAAGAUGGCGUGAGAUUAAGGCAAAGGCCGAGAUGGCGUCACCGGAGUCUCGCAACCUUCCCCUCGGGGUGCUUAGCGACGAACUGCUGCACGACGAAGAGGCGGUCGAGCUGCGAAAGGAGGUUACCAAGAAGGUCCGGGAUCUUGUCUUGGAGGUAAGACGGACUAGAGGCCUCUCCGAUGAAGACCCCAAACAUGGUCUCGCGGAGACAUGGAUUGAAGAAGGUCCGCAACGAGAAGGCAAAAUGAAAGAUGAGUCGUGGGUAAGGGACAUAUGA